AUGUCAGGAAUCACAAGCUGUCAGUUAGGAGAAUUGGUAAUGGAACUGCAGUUAGUACUGUACAAUUACAUACAAUCACAAGCAGCCACUGUGAAUCAAACUUCACCAAGAGUACUGUACAAUUACAUACAAUCACAAGCAGCCACUGUGAUUCAAACUUCACCAAGAGUACUGACCAAUUACAUACAAUCACAAGCAGCCACUGUGAUUCAAACUUCACCAAGAGUACUGUGCAAUUAUAUACAAUCACAAGUAGCCACUGUGAUUCAAACUUCACCAAGAGUACUGUACAAUUACAUACAAUCACAAGCAUCCACCUUGAAUAAAACUUCACCAAGAGUACUGUACAAUUACAUACAAUCACAAGCAGCCACUGUGAAUCAAACUUCACCAAGAGUACUCCACUGUGAUUCAAACUUCACCAAGAGUACUGUACAAUUAUUUACAAUCACAAGCAGCCACUGUGAUUCAAACUUCACCAAGAGUACUGUACAAUUACAUACAAUCACAAGCAGCCACUGUGAUUCAAACUUCACCAAGAGUACUGUACAAUUACAUACAAUCACAAGCAUCCACUGUGAAUUAAACUUCACCAAGAGUACUGUACAAUUACAUACAAUCACAAGCAGCCACUGUGAAUUAAACUUCACCAAGAGUACUGUACAAAUACAUACAAUCACAAGCAGCCACUGUGAUUUAAACUUCACCAAGAGUACUGUAAAAUUACAUACGAUCACAAGCAGCCACUGUGAUUCAAACUUCACCAAGAGUACUGUACAAUUACAUACGAUCACAAGCAGCCACUGUGAAUUAAACUACACCAAGAGUACUGUACAAUUACAUACAUUCACAAGCAGCCACUGUGAAUUAAACUUCACCAAGAGUACUGUACAAUUAUAUACAAUCACAAGCAGCCACUGUGAAUCAAACUUCACCGAGAGAACUGUACAAUUACAUACAAUCACAAGCAGCCACUGUGAUUCAAACUUCACCAAGAGUACUGUACAAUUACAUACAAUCACAAGCAGCCACUGUGAUUCAAACUUCAUCAAGAGUACUGUACAAUUACAUACAAUCAAAAGCAGCCACAGUGAUUCAAACUUCACCAAGAGUACUGUACAAUUACAUACAAUCACAAGCAGCCAAGGUGAAUCAAACUACACCAAGAGUACUGUACAAUUACAUACAAUCACAAGCAGCCACUGUGAUUCAAACUUCACCAAGAGUACUGUACAAUUACAUACAAUCAUAAGCAGCCACUGUGAUUUAAACUUCACCAAGAGUACUGUACAAAUACAUACAAUCACAAGCAGCCACUGUGAUUUAAACUUCACCAAGAGUACUGUACAAUUACAUACAAUUACAAGCAGCCACUGUGAAUUAAACUUCACCAAGAGUACUGUACAAUUACAUACAAUCACUAGCAGCCACUGUGAAUCAAACUUCACCAAGAGUACUGUACAAUUACAUACAAUCACAAGCAGCCACUGUGAAUCAAACUUCACCAAGAGUACUGUACAAAUACAUACAAUUACAAGCAGCAACUCCACUGUGAAUAAAACUUCACCAAGAGUACUGUACAAUUAUUUACAAUCACAAGCAGCCACUGUGAUUCAAACUUCACCAAGAGUACUGUACAAUUAUAUACAAUCACAAGCAGCCACUGUGAAUCAAACUUCACCAAGAGUAUUGUACAAUUACAUACAAUCACAAGCAGCCACUGUGAUUCAAACUUCACCAAGAGUACUGUACAAUUAUUUACAAUCACAAGCAGCCACUGUGAUUCAAACUUCACCAAGAGUACUCCACUGUGAAUUAAACUUAACCAAGAGUACUGUACAAUUACAUACAACCAAAAGCAGCCACUGUGAAUCAAACUUCAACAAGAGUACUGUACAAUUACAUACAAUCACAAGCAGCCACUGUGAUUCAAACUUCACCAAGAGUACUGUACAAUUACAUACAAUCACAAGCAUCCACUGUGAAUCAAACUUCACCAAGAGUACUGUACAAUUACAUACAAUCACAAGCAGCCACAGUGAUUCAAACUUCACCAAGAGUACUGUAUUAUUACAUACAAUCACAAGCAGCCGGGGUGAAUCAAACUACACCAAGAGUACUGUACAAUUACAUACAAUCACAAGCAGCCACUGUGAUUUAAACUUCACCAAGAGUACUGUACAAUUACAUACAAUCACAAGCAGCCACUGUGAAUUAAACUUCACCAAGAGUACUGUACAAUUACAUACAAUCACAAGCAGCCACUGUGAUUCAAACUUCACCAAGAGUACUGUACAAUUACAUACAAUCACAAGCAGCCACUGUGAAUUAAACUUCACCAAGAGUACUGUACAAUUACAUACAAUCACAAGCAGCCACUGUGAAUUAAACUUCACCAAGAGUACUGUACAAUUACAUACAAUCACAAGCAGCCACUGUGAAUUAAAGUUCACCAAGAGUACUGUACAAAUACAUACAAUCACAAGCAGCCACUGUGAUUUAAACUUAACCAAGAGUACUGUACAAUUACAUACAAUCACAAGCAGCCACUGUGAAUUAAACUUCACCAAGAGUACUGUACAUUACAUACAAUCACAAGCAGCCGCUGUGAAUCAAACUUCACCAAGAGUACUGUACAAAUACAUACAAUUACAAGCAGCCACUGUGAUUCAAACUACACCAAGAGUACUAGUACUGUACAAUUACAUACAUUCACAAGCAGCCACUGUGAAUAAAACUUCACCAAGAGUACUGUACAAUUAUUUACAAUCACAAGCAGCCACUGUGAUUCAAACUUCACCAAGAGUACUGUACAAUUAUAUACAAUCACAAGCAGCCACUGUGAAUCAAACUUCACCAAGAGUAUUGUACAAUUACAUACAAUCACAAGCAGCCACUGUGAUUCAAACUUCACCAAGAGUACUGUACAAUUAUUUACAAUCACAAGCAGCCACUGUGAUUCAAACUUCACCAAGAGUACUGUACAAUUACAUACAAUCACAAGCAGCCACUGUGAAUCAAACUUCACCAAGAGUAUUGUACAAUUACAUACAAUCACAAGCAGCCACUGUGAUUCAAACUUCACCAAGAGUACUCCACUGUGAAUCAAACUUCACCAAGAGUACUGUACAAUUACAUACAAUCACAAGCAGCCACUGUGAAUCAAACUUCAACAAGAGUACUGUACAAUUACAUACAAUCACAAACAGCCACUGUGAAUUGAACUUCACCAAGAGUACUGUACAAUUACAUACAAUCACAAGCAGCCACUGUGAAUCAAACUUCACCAAGAGUACUGUACAAAUACAUACAAUAACAAGCAGCCAUUGUGAAUCAAACUUCACCAAGAGUACUGUACAAUUACAUACAAUCACAAGCAGCCACUGUGAAUCAAACUUCAACAAGAGUACUGUACAAUUACAUACAAUCACAAGCAGCCACUGUGAUUCAAACUUCACCAAGAGUACUGUACAAUUACAUACAAUCACAAGCAGCCACUGUGAAUCAAACUUCACCAAGAGUACUGUACAAUUACAUACAAUCACAAGCAGCCACUGUGAAUUAAACUUCACCAAGAGUAUUGUACAAUUACAUACAAUCACAAGCAGCCACUGUGAAUCAAACUUCACCAAGAGUACUGUACAAUUACAUACAAUCACAAGCAGCCACUGUGAAUCAAACUUCACCAAGAGUAUUGUACAAUUACAUACAAUCACAAGCAGCCACUGUGAUUCAAACUUCACCAAGAGUACUGUACAAUUACAUACAAUCACAAGCAGCCACUGUGAAUCAAACUUCACCAAGAGUACUGUACAAUUACAUACAAUCACAAGCAGCCACUGUGAAUCAAACUUCAACAAGAGUACUGUACAAUUACAUACAAUCACAAGCAGCCACAGUGAUUCAAACUUCACCAAGAGUACUGUAUUAUUACAUACAAUCACAAGCAGCCAAGGUGAAUCAAACUACACCAAGAGUACUGUACAAUUACAUACAAUCACAAGCAGCCACUGUGAUUUAAACUUCACCAAGAGUACUGUACAAUUACAUACAAUCACAAGCAGCCACUGUGAAUUAAACUUCACCAAGAGUACUGUACAAUUACAUACAAUCACAAGCAGCCACUGUGAUUCAAACUUCACCAAGAGUACUGUACAAUUACAUACAAUCACAAGCAGCCACUGUGAAUUAAACUUCACCAAGAGUACUGUACAAUUACAUACAAUCACAAGCAGCCACUGUGAAUUAAACUUCACCAAGAGUACUGUACAAUUACAUACAAUCACAAGCAGCCACUGUGAUUCAAACUUCACCAAGAGUACUGUACAAUUACAUACAAACACAAGCAGCCACUGUGAAUUAAACUUCACCAAGAGUACUGUACAAUUACAUACAAUCACAAGCAGCCACUGUGAAUCAAACUUCACCAAGAGUACUAGUACUGUACAAUUACAUACAAUCACAAGCAUCCACUGUGAAUCAAACUUCAACAAGAGUACUGUACAAUUACAUACAAUCACAAGCAGCCACUGUGAUUUAAACUUCACCAAGAGUACUGUACAAUUACAUACAAUCACAAGCAGCCACUGUGAAUCAAACUUCAACAAGAGUACUGUACAAUUACAUACAAUCACAAGCAGCCACUGUGAUUCAAACUUCACCAAGAGUACUGUACAAUUACAUACAAUCACAAGCAGCCACUGUGAAUCAAACUUCAACAAGAGUACUGUACAAUUACAUACAAUCACAAGCAGCCACUGUGAUUCAAACUUCACCAAGAGUACUGUACAAUUACAUACAAUCACAAGCAGCCACUGUGAAUCAAACUUCAACAAGAGUACUGUACAAUUACAUACAAUCACAAGCAGCCACUGUGAAUCAAACUUCAACAAGAGUAUUGUACAAUUACAUACAAUCACAAGCAGCCACUGUGAUUCAAACUUCACCAAGAGUACUGUACAAUUACAUACAAUCACAAGCAGCCACUGUGAAUCAAACUUCACCAAGAGUACUGUACAAUUACAUACAAUCAUAAGCAGCCACUGUGAUUCAAACUUCACCAAGAGUACUGUACAAUUACAUACAAUCACAAGCAGCCACUGUGAUUUAAACUACACCAAGAGUACUGUACAAUUACAUAUAUUCACAAGCAGCCACUGUGAAUUAAACUUCACCAAGAGUACUGACCAAUUACAUACAAUCACAAGCAGCCACUGUGAUUCAAACUUCACCAAGAGUACUGUACAAUUACAUACAAUCCCAAGCAGCCACUGUGAAUCAAACUUCACCAAGAGUACUGUACCAUUACAUACAAUCACAAGCAGCCACUGUGAAUCAAACUUCACCAAGAGUACUGUACAAUUACAUACAAUCACAAACAGCCACUGUGAAUUGAACUUCACCAAGAGUACUGUACAAUUACAUACAAUCACAAGCAUCCACUGUGAAUCAAACUUCACCAAGAGUACUGUACAAUUACAUACAAUCACAAGCAGCCACAGUGAUUCAAACUUCACCAAGAGUACUGUAUUAUUACAUACAAUCACAAGCAGCCAAGGUGAAUCAAACUACACCAAGAGUACUGUACAAUUACAUACAAUCACAAGCAGCCACUGUGAUUUAAACUUCACCAAGAGUACUGUACAAUUACAUACAAUCACAAGCAGCCACUGUGAAUUAAACUUCACCAAGAGUACUGUACAAUUACAUACAAUCACAAGCAGCCACUGUGAUUCAAACUUCACCAAGAGUACUGUACAAUUACAUACAAUCACAAGCAGCCACUGUGAAUUAAACUUCACCAAGAGUACUGUACAAUUACAUACAAUCACAAGCAGCCACUGUGAAUUAAACUUCACCAAGAGUACUGUACAAUUACAUACAAUCACAAGCAGCCACUGUGAUUCAAACUUCACCAAGAGUACUGUACAAUUACAUACAAACACAAGCAGCCACUGUGAAUUAAACUUCACCAAGAGUACUGUACAAUUACAUACAAUCACAAGCAGCCACUGUGAAUCAAACUUCACCAAGAGUACUGUACAAAUACAUACAAUUACAAGCAGCCACUGUGAUUCAAACUAA